GUAAUAUCAAGAACUUCGCAAAAGCCUACGAAAACCCUGACCGAGAAUCCUGCUUGGCCCGAGAUUGCAGUGCUCGUAAGAUUCAACUUGAUGCUGUCGUUCAACAAUAGAAAUGUUCAGCUCUAUCUGCCAGAAUUAUUCUAUGUGAUCUCCUUGCUCGUCGCAACCGGUCCACCACUGAUCCGAUCAUCCAUACAUGGACUAAUUGUAAAUUUAGUUCAAUCCUUGUGCACCUCAAUGCCAUUAAGUGAAUCGAGCUUUAAACGACUGAAUCUGUUGUUGACCGAAUUGUCGGAACCAAACUUCCGAUAUUUCUUUGGAUUAAACAACGUUUCUGGUAAUGCGUUCGUUGUAUCCCCCGAGUCAAUUGUUGAUAUAAAUGAUACUAUGCCACUUGCUUCUCUGGAGAAGAUCGUCCAAGCAUUAUUAGAGGUUAUGGUUUGUGGGGCUGGAUCUGUUGACAUGUCAAAUACAUGGAGAGCUCGAUGGAUGGGUCUAGUUGCCAGUACUGCAUUCCAAUACAAUCCCGCAAUACAGCCUAGGGCAUUUGUGACGUUGGGAUGCUUGGCUCGCGAAGAAGUCGACGACGAUCUUUUAUAUCAAAUUCUGGUAGCGCUGACCGGAGCGCUGUCUUGUUUCAGCGAGAACGAAUGUUCUCUAAUAAUAAGUAUUGUGAUGUGUUUGACAAAUAUAGUGGAAAAUCUGCAACCUGAUUGUAGGUAUCUGCAACAGAUGUUUUGGCUGGCCAUGUCUCUGGUACAGAUAGGACACAUUCCUUUAUUCCCAAGUGCUGUUAAUUUGCUUCACGUGAUGCUCAAAGCGUUGGAUUCCAAUGGUUUCUUUGCUGAAGAAGAUAUUGCCACCGUAUUGUUAAGAGCCCGAAGACCAUUGGAGGAGGUCGCUAAAAAGAUGGACAAAGAAGCAGGUGUUAAUUACGAACAUUUCUCAUUUGCUGUGACCGCGAUUUUGCUUAAGGGAUUAAAAAAUCCGUCGACAAAAACCGGCACGCAAGCCGUGUUAACCACAUUUUUGGACAUUGCGGCAAAAAGAGUAAGACAAAGCGACCUACCCAGAAACAUUAUUCAUUCGAGCAUGCUGGGAUAUUUGGCCGCCUUAUUGCCCGCAUCAGCGAAAAAUGCGGACAUGAAAGAGCUGUUGUGGCAAUGUGGAAUAACCGACAUUGAAAUUGAUAAUUCGGAAUUGGGCACGACUUAUUAUAAAAUAUUUGAAAAACUCGAGAUGCCCGAUAAUCAGACCGCACUACUAUUGAUAUCAAUUAUGGUGGCAAUGUUGCAAACCGCUGAUCAGGAACCUGAACGGUUAUUCCUUUAUGGAUUCUUGGCUGAAGCUGCUGUAUCGUUACCUGAAGUGUUUUCCUUGGCUUAUGAUAGCCUACUUCCAAAAUUGAUACAGAUUAUCAACAACAGCGAAUCCUUGCCGAUCCUCGACUCUGUUCAAUCAAUAAUGUACACCAUUGUCUCGUCAGACCAUAAAACAAAAAUUCCCACCGGCAUCUCCAAAAAUAAAUUGUCUUCAUAUCUUCUUGACAUAGGUUUCACUCAUUUAAUGGAUUGUGGAUCGUUUUCCGCGGUGACCAAGGAGAAAAUGAAGAUCAAUGCCACCUAUGCUAGUAAUUUGGUGGAGAAGAUAACGAGCAGUAGGGGUUAG